AUGCCUAGUGGAUGCAAAUUUUCAGCAGAGGAAGAGAGGGUGGUGAUAGAAUUGCAAGCGGAGUUUGGUAACAGGUGGGCCAAGAUUGCUAGUUAUUUGCCAGGAAGAACAGAUAAUGAUGUGAAGAAUUUCUGGAGUGCUAGACGAAAGCGGCUGGAGAGAAUUUUGCAGACACCUAUAUCGAAGUCACAGAAAAACAAAGGGAAGGAUCCUGUUCUCUAUGGAAUGCCAAUGGUGGAGGUUCCUCUUGGCAACUGCAUCCCACUGGAGCAAGGAUCAUCAUCUCAUGAGAAUCAGUCUAAACGUCCUUCCUUUUCAGGAAACUCCAAAGAAUUCAGGAUGAUGCAACUACCUGAUCUAAUUAAGCCAGAUUUACUAAACUUGGAAACAUGUCUUCCCAUACUAGACAUCGAGCCCGUUCAUAUGAUACAAUCCAUGGAGCCCCCCUUGAACUACCCUGCUUCUAUACUACCGCAACUACAACUGGACCUCCCAAUCUUGCCAGAAUGCCAGGACCUUACCCCGGAGCCCAUCGAUUUUAAUUUUGUGAGCAUGUUCCAGAAUCAGGAGGCUUCUGAAUCUAAAACUAAACCAAAAUCAUUGACCAGGUUUCCCUCAGAUGGAAUAAAGGGCAGUGCUCAAAUUGGAAAGAAGGAAGACAGAGUAAACCCUGCAACUCCUGAAAGCUUCUUUGAUGAAUUUCCAACCGACAUGUUUGACUACCUUGAACCGCUUCCAAGCUCAUCAGAAUGGUAA